AUGUCUACAGGCAGUAUACUUGAAAAUGCAGGGAAAGGUAGCAUAAGAUCUGAUCGCGUGAUUCUCCCUGUUGUAUCUUCAAUCUGUAUUGUACUUCUUAUUUGCUUGAUUGUGACUGGCUACGUCUUCUGGAGGAAAAGAUACAGACCAACUCCUAUCAAGGAAAAAGACUCAGAUGACAACGGAGACAAGUUGUACACUAAUCCAGUAUACUCCUCAUACGAUAACGCACAUUCCCAACCGGAUCUUCUUGUCGGCACCCCUACUGGUCACCUCUCUCAAGAGACGCAACAGGCUCAAGAAACUAUCGACGCAUACGAAGAAUUCGAAGGAGACCAUAACCCACAGUCAGGCAGGCAGGGUAACACCGAAUGCGACGGGGAUAACCCAACAGACAUCAAAGACAAAAAUCUACCUGUGCACGCUGUUCUUUACGAUGACGAAGAGUACAACGCGAUUGACUUCAAUCGCGACAAAUUUCCCAAAACAACCCGAAACUGUACCAAAUCUCAAACCUACAAACCGAGCCUUCCUGAAAACUCAAGCGAAACGGUCACGGAUGAUACAUUUGAUUAUGGUGUCCUCGAAAGUCCAGGAGUACUAGGGAAUGGUAAAUACAGCUCUAAAACCAAGGUCAUUGAAGAUCCUAAGAGGUCAACCGCGAAUUCCAAAGCUCCACGUUAUGAGAACUCUGAACCUGGAGUUCCGAGCGCAGCAGAUCAAAUGGAAGAAGGACCAGAAUAUUACAGCUACCAAGAUUCUUUACCAGUUCGCCCCGAGGACGAGUCCUCCACUGAACAUGCACGAAGUGCUGCUGAGGCGCCACGUGAGGUCGAUUUUGAACCUAUAUAUAGCGAUGAAGUUUAUGGUGAAUUUUAGUAGUACGCAGUUAUUGUAUAUGAAUAUAUAUUAAAUUCAGCUGCUAACCCUACAAAUGUGUACAGAGUAACAACGCAUUUUAGACAAUUUAGAGUAUAAUAUAAUAGUAGGUUCUUGUAUAGCGCUCGUGUCUGUCAGACUUGACACUCCUAGCGCUCCAGAAUUGUAGAAGGUAAAUUAGUGAAUCUUGUAGAUAACAUAUGCAAUAACAUAUGCAAUAUAAAUGAAAGUGUGAUCAUUUUCGUCAGUUCUGAGGGGGUUUGGGUGGUUUUUUGAAAAGUGUCGUGAAUUUGGCAAGAAAUCUUUCACCUCAUACUACUUUGCGCGUAUUAGUGCAUGUUAUUUUUCGUUCCGUUUCUUCUUCUUUUUCGUCUUUUGCGUCGUACAUCAUUAAUAGCAUUCGAUUUCUUAGAAAGAAGAUAAUGCGUUGUUCGCGUUAACUAUUUACUACGAAUGUGUUGAAGAGAAGGUGGUGGCCCACAUUGUCUCAUUGCACGCAUAGUUCACAAAGUCGUUGAAACACCUUUGGAAGAAGUACUAUUUGCGUAUGAGGAAAAAAUUGAUUUGUCCCUAUUUAUGUUUCUUCAGAAUUCGACAUAAUUAUUCAAGUUUACAUUUAGACAAAUUCAACAAAGUCUCUAUUUCAACCAGGCCACCUUUUAUUCUUGAGUUACAAAAACAAACAAAACGAAAUUUGUGCAAGAGCUAUGAGUGAUCUAGUUGUUAACUUUAUUUAUAUAGUACCUCCUGUUACUGCCUGGUACAUUGCAUGUAUUGUAUAUACAUUGGUUACAGAUGUUUAAAAACAAAAAUCAUAUUUAACUUUAAAAAUAACUUCAUUAAACCAAAUCAAGUUCUUUCAUUUAAAAUAAUGUCUUGACUAUUAGAAAAGGGGACGUGGGCAUUUGCAGUAACACGCUAACAGUGCUCCAUCAUUAAUGGUAUACUGUUUGAAUAAUUAGUAAAUAGAAAAGUGUGAGCUAGCAUACAAAUGUAAUCUAUCUAUACAAUUAUAAUUGCUUCUUAAUAUAGUGGGUUUGAAUGUGUGUUUCAUUAUUUCAACAAUGAUGUGUAAUCGUCCAUGACCUAGCAUCGUUUAUCCAUUCAUGA